UUAAAUGAAUCGGCAAAAUUAGUUGACUAUUAGAGCUUCUUUAAAGAAUACACUAUUUUGUAAAAACAGAAGGAAUUUGAAAUAAAAUGUUCCACCUUAAAACUCGUCUCCUCCAAUACAAAAUAAUCAACCAAAAAGCAUAAACUAACAAUUUAGACAUUUUAGUGAUAUUUAUGAAUAUGGCCAUCAUCAGAUCGGUUAUACGAAUAUUUAUCUUUAGGUGAAGGAGCUCAUGGGAUUGUAAAGAAAUGUUACAAGAGAGAUCAAAACAAUUAGAAUCUUUAAGAAAGAACCACCUAUGCCGUUAAAAUCUUUAGAACUGGAGACACAGAAAUAAUUAAUACAAUUAGAGAAACAUUUUAAAUAAAUAGAGCAUUGAAUGAUCUGAAUUGUGUUGUUAAAGCAUUAGAUCUAUUUAUAAAUUCAAAGAGAGAAGAGCAUCAUUUUGUUAUGGAAUAUUGUCCAUAUUAGAGUUUAGAAUAAAGAAUGGGAAAGUUAAGUUUGGAAAAUAUUUAAAUAAUUGCUUUAAAUUUAGCUUAAUCAAUAAAAUAGUUGCACUAAAGAGGAAUCUGUCAUAGAGAUUUAAAACCAGACAAUAUUCUAAUUGGAGAUACAUUAGGAUUGAAAUUAAUAGAUUUUGGUGUUUCAAAAAGAUUUGUAGUGAAAGGAAAGAUAACUAAAAAAAUAGAUAUGUGGACAAGAACUGGUUCAUUAUUUUAUUAAGCUCCUGAAAUAUUUUUAGGAGGUGGUUAUAAUGAAAAAGGUAUGAAUAAUAAAUAUAUUAAAAGUUGAUAUAUGGUCAAUAGGUAUUAUUUUAUAUUAAUUAUUGGUUGGAUAGUUACCAUUUUAAUAGGAAACAGUAUUAGAUACAAUAGAGAUGAUACGAGAUUCAGAAAUAAAUGUAAAAAACACAGUUGCAUUUAAAAAACUGAAUCCAUUAGAAUAAGAUCUUUUAAAGAGACUUUUAAAAAAGGAUCCAGAAAAAAGAUUAUCAGCAGAAGGUUUGUAAAAAAUAAUUUAUAAAAAGACUUUGUUUUACAUCCUUGGCUUUAGAAAAGAUAAUAGAAAAAGUCAACAAAGAGUUUUGAUGAUUGUGAUAUAGUAGAUAUUAGAAAAGGUGAUGGAAUGUUGAUAUCAUCAGAAAUAUCAAAUUAGAAAUAAUAUUUACCAAGGAGUAAAAAUCCUUUGAUUGUUCCAAUUUAAGAAGAGAAAGUUUCUAGUCCUUUGAAAAUACGUUGGAAUAAUUGGGAUACACAUGUUCAUUAUGUUCCUUAGGAUUAAAUUAGAAAUAUUAAUUUGGAUGAUCGAUCUUUGAUGAGUUCCUAAGAAUUUAUUAAUGAUGAAAAGAAAAAAGAUGAAGUAAGGGAUUUUUAAGUUGGUUUAAUAAGAACAACAUCAGAGCAUUUUGAUUAACUAUGAC